AUGAUCUUUGAGAAGCUUCAGUCAGUUUCUGAUAGCCCGUCUGCCUCUUUCCAAGUUCUCUCUGACCUUCAUCUGGAGAUCAAUCAACAAUACCCGUCUUUUGAGAUUCCAGUGUGCGCCAAACAUCUCAUUCUUGCUGGCGAUAUUGGGCGCUUGGUGGACUACGACAACUAUCGCAGUUUCUUGCAAAGGCAGACAGACAGAUUUGAGCUUGUAUUCCUGGUCCUUGGAAACCAUGAGUUCUACGAGGACAAACUCGCAGCAGGAUUACAAAAGGCAAGCCAGCUUGAGCAGGAACCCUGUUUGAAGAAGCGCCUCAUCCUCCUCCAUCUGGGACGUUACGACAUCCCAGGAUCCUGUGUCACUAUUCUUGGCUGCACGCUCUGGUCCGAUGUUCCAGAUGAAGCCAGGGACAUUGUCCGGUCCAGAAUUCAAGACUUCAAGAAGAUUCAAAAAUGGACGGUUGAUGAUCAAAACGAAUCUCACAGGGCCGACCUUGCCUGGCUACUGAGCGAGUUGGAGUCUAUAGAGCGUAAGAACAAGACGGAGAACAGAAGAGAUCUGUACUAG